CAGCAGAGCAGGACAGAGAAGAUUUGUACCUGCACCGAGCUCCCCAUCAGGCACAGGAGCAAGAGGAGCAGAAGAGAAGCAAGCGGGAGAAAGCAGUGUCAGGCAUCCCAGACACAGGGCCAGCAUGGCAUCUCUGCUGGACAACUUAGCCAGACCUUCUGCUGUUGUUCUGCAGCUGUCUGUGGUGCUUGGUGUAGUCUUUGUGCUGCUGAAGGCGGCUCAGUUCUACCAGAAGAGGAAGAAACUCAACAAAGCUCUGGAGGCAUUCCCUGGUCCCCCGAAACACUGGCUCUAUGGCCACAAUCACCUGAUAACUACCGAAAACAUGUUAAACCAGUCAUUGUUAUGGGCAAAUGAAUAUCCCUAUGCCUUUCUAAGAUGGUUUGGACCAGUCCUGCCUUCUCUAGUAAUCCACCAUCCUGAAUAUGCCAAAGUCCUACUUGGCCAAACGGAACACAAGCCCAGUGUACCCUACAAAUUCUUUGCUCCCUGGACUGGGGAGGGGCUGUUGAUCUUGGAGGGAGCCAAAUGGUACCAGCAUCGGAAGCUAAUCACCCCAGCUUUUCACUAUGAUGUGCUGAAAUCUUAUGUGACAUUGAUGUCAGACUCGGUCAAAGUGAUGCUGGAUAAAUGGGAAAAGAAGAUCGCAGAGAGGAAGUCAGUGGAGCUCUUUCAAGAUGUCAGCUUGAUGACACUAGACAGCAUCAUGAAGUGUGCCUUCAGUUAUAAUGCCAACUGCCAGACUGAGAGCAACUCAGACAGUUAUAUCAGAGCUGUUUAUGACCUGAGCUACCUCCUGAGCAAUAGAAUGCAGAAUUUUUCUUACAAGGAUGUCUUCUAUAACUUGACUUCCCAAGGCCGGAAGUUUCAGGAUGCCUGCAAGCUAGCCCAUGCCCACACAGAUAAGGUAAUAAAAGAAAGAAAGAUGUUGCUCUCCAAUGAGAAGGGACAUGACAAGAUUCAGAAGAAGAAACAUCUGGAUUUUCUGGACAUUCUUCUUUGUACCAAGGAUGAAAAUGGAGUUGGGCUAUCUGACGAAGACCUGCGGGCCGAGGUUGACACGUUCAUGUUUGCGGGUCAUGAUACCACAGCCAGUGGAAUCUCCUGGCUCUUGUACUGCUUGUCAUUACACCCAGAGUACCAGCAACAGUGCAGGGAGGAGGUCAGAGGAAUCUUGGGAAACCGAGAUUCUAUUGAGUGGGAGGACCUCGGGAAGAUGAAUUACACCACAAUGUGCAUCAAAGAGAGCUUGCGCCUGUUCCCACCGGUUCCUGUGGUGUCCCGACGCCUGCAUAAACCCAUCACGUUUCCUGAUGGACGCAGCUUGCCAGCAGGCUGCCAGGUUGGACUGAACAUAUUCGCCAUUCACAGGAACCGGGAUGUAUGGGAGGACUCCGAGGUUUAUGAUCCCCUGAGGUUUUCUCCAGAGAACUCAGCGCAGAGGCACACCCACGCUUUCCUGCCUUUCUCUGCUGGAUCCAGGAACUGCAUCGGGCAGCAGUUUGCCAUGAACGAGUUAAAGGUGGCGCUGGCCCUGACCCUGCUUCGCUUUGAGCUCUACCCUGACCCAACCAAGCCUCCCACACUGAUACCGCAGAUCAUCCUCAGGUCCAGCAGCGGGGUCCACGUGCGUCUGAAGAAGAUCCACUGAUCCCAUGAGGAUCACACCAAGAAGCAUCUACGAGCCUGCUGCAUGGCCCGCGGGAAGGCAGCCCGCUUCACACAGACAACCUCAGGUCAUGCUUGACAGACAAGGGAAACUGAGGCAGGACUGUACGGAGGGGAGAUCCCACCAUGGAGUAACACACUGGCUCUUGCAAAAGAUGUUUUCUCCAGGGAAGUGAACUCUGAAGGGGCACUGGCUGGGAGAAAACCAAGCAUUGAGGCUCCUGGGCUAGCCGAAAACAUGUAGCAGUAAAACCCCAUCCUUCUUCUUGCUUGGACCUAUCACUAUGGAAGGGAUCCACUGCGAAAGAGACGCUGAUAUCCACAAAGUCCCCAGCACAUCUUCAAACCCACAUCCAGGGGAACAACUCAGGCAUUCAUCACAUAUUCAGGGUGUGCACAAGGCAGGGAAUAAACUCCCACUGUUACUCAUUAUAAGGAUACCGUUUCUAACUCCUUUUGCAACCAAGAGGUAAAAAUUAACGGGUUCCCCUCCUCUCGCCACACCCCCAGCCCAAGUGCUGAUGCAGCAGGAGCACACAAUGACUAAUCCUCCUUAAAUCCUGCUGAGCCAAGCUGAACUCUGAGGAGCUUGUUUUUUCCAGACCCUCAUGACGUUUGGCACCUGCGAGAAGAAAGUCAGGAGAGCAGCAUCCAUUAGGGGCAUGAGUGGGGAGGUCCAGGACCCAGCCUGGGGCUGGCUCAGCCUCCCCAAGGGAAGGUAGUAGAAGGGAACAGCUCUGAUGUGAUGCUGGGGACAGCAGCCACCAUGCCUUGACCCCUCCAACCCUUCUGCCUGUUUUCUUCUACCCCCAUGCAAUUUCUCAACUGGAGUUGUGAUUUCUCAAUGCUGAGUCUUGAGGGUGCUUUCGAAACAGUUGCUUACGUGAGAUUCUUUGGGGAGAUGCCUUUCAGUGGGCCUGUUACUGGAAGGCUCCUGGUUUACUCCUAUGCCUGAAUUUUUGUGUCACCACCAAUUAGAGACACCAACAGCUUCCCCUGUGGGAAAUAAGAAGUGGCCCUUGGUGAGUGGUGGCUCCAGCUCCCUACUCCAUCGCAGAGGGAUCCCAGCAGUGGGAAGUGGCCUGAGCUCCCCACCAGGACUGUCAAAUCGUCACUUCAGGGAAUACCCAUCAGGUUUCAG